CUUCUUUCUUAUCUCUCUCUCUCUCACUCUCUCCUUCAUGCCUCGUGACUGCAACCAAAGCAAUUUAAAACCGCCGCACUUCUCAUGAGUCUUCUUCUUCUUCUUCUUCAUCAUCGUCGCUAACUGUAAUUAUCUUCUCCGAUCUCCAUCUCCGCCAUGCGCUCGCCGCAUGCUUUCCGUAACGGCGAAUCUCCGAGUUCGCGAGACCAUACUCACUUCCACUCAACCGUCGUAGCUCAGAAACUCCGUCGAUUCAACUCUUUAAUCCUCCUCCUCCGUCUCGCUUCUUUCUCUUUCUCUCUCGCUUCCGCCGUCUUUAUGCUCACCAAUUCCCGCGGCUCCGGUUCUCCUCACUGGUACGAUUUCGACGCUUUCAGAUUCGUGUUUGUGGCAAACGCGAUCGUGGCGUUAUAUUCGGUGUUUGAAAUGGGAACUUGCGUUUGGGAAUUUUCAAGAGAAACCACCUUAUGGCCUGAAGCUUUUCAGGUCUGGUUCGAUUUUGGUCAUGACCAGGUGUUCUCGUACCUAUUGCUAUCGGCAGGAUCGGCUUCAGCAGCACUGGCUAGAACGAUGAGAGGAGGUGACACGUGUACGGCUAACAAAGCCUUUUGCUUGCAGUCAGAUGUAGCCAUUGGCUUAGGCUUUGCUGCUUUUCUCUUCUUAGCUUUCUCUUCUUGUUUCUCUGGUUUUCGUGUCGCUUGUUUCCUUAUUACUGGCUCUCGUUUUCACCUUUACUCAUGAGAUGAUUCUUAUAAGUUGUUUUAUGGACUUGAUGACUGAUGUGUUCAAAAAAAUUUUACCAUAAAGAAGAUAAAUUUUA